AUGGCACUGCAACGCGAUUCCAAUAAACUGAAGGCACCAGAUGCUAUUGCUGCCGAUGCUGCUGCUGCUGCUUCCAUCGCCGCCACCACUAGCGCAAGCCAUAGUCCACCAGACUUAUUUGAAGCUUGGCCAAAGUGGCCGACGCAUCAGCAAGAUGAUCCACUGGCACAACAGCGAGGAGGUGAGCAAAUCUCAACUGCUCAUGGUAUCUCUCUCAACCAAGGCCGCAGGCCAUCCAAAGCAGAAGCUACUCCAGGACAACCCCCAUCUCUGGCCGCCAAGUUACAUUUAGAGCAUUUAGAUUUGAGCGAGACCCAUGAAGAAAGCUACUCGUAUGAUAUAACAGGAAAUAGAAUCAAAUACCACAGAGACUCAUGGACACACAAAAUCAGGACUGGAGUUACUGCAAAUAGACAGUUGGCGUGGGAUAUUGUGUGGUGCUUCGUCCUGCCAAUCAUCAUAUUUCUAGUGUUAUUCUCUAUCGAUGCAGAAGGUCGGGUUUAUGAGGUUUAUCCAGGACGUGGUGGAUGCAGUGUGGCAACAAGCUCGAAGCGCGGUGAUUGGAUACGCGAAAUCAUCCUUGAAGUCCUUGCAACAUCUGCUGCGCUUGUAGGGCUAAUCUCUGCAGCAUUGGCUGUGCAUCAUUUCCAAAGACAAAACGGAAGUUGUAAUAUUAAUAUCAAGAGCUUGGCACCAUCGCCUGAUGUACUCCGCCUUUAUAAUGCAGCAAAGUCAGCUCACCAAUAUCUCAGACUCUGCCUUAGUUUGAAUAUUAUCUUAUUUUUGGCUCGAGCCUUCAACAUAGGGCUGUAUAUCUCCUACUUCGUGGCCUUUUCUCGUCCCUCUCCCCAUCCUACUCCAUCCCUAUCCGCAGAGGGCCAAGUAGUUGCUGCACAGCCGCAGCUUGAUAGUAUAAGCGGGCUGUUCCGGUUAGCAGACCAUGAUCAUGAAUUGUAUCAGAUCGCAAUAACCUUGUUUAUUCCGGCUGCUGCCUUUCUGUUCUUAACCUGGGACUACCUUUGCGAAUGGAAGGCCAAGCUUCUCGAAUACUUCUCCCGCAUUCAAGAAGAAGAAGACGGUGAAGAUAUGGAAGAGGAGAUCGGUGAUAUAGAUCCACUCCCAUUUCCUCUCACAACAGACGUGCUGCGCGAACGGGAAUUCCGUAAAGGUCGCCAUAAAGCUCACACAAGCUGUAAACCGUGUGCCGUAGACAUCCCACCUAUAGCUAAUAUGGGCCGAGCUCCAGGAAACUUAGCAAAACGUCCUACCUCCACUGCAGCCACAAGUGGAAACCAUAUCAUCGAUAUCGGCACUGGGACAAUUCAGGGUGAAUUAGCCGCUCAAAGCCAUACUGACAACGAACGCCGCGACUCGAAUUCAACUGUAAAUGUUUCAUUAGCUACAGCUGUUUCCAUGCGCUCUGGUUUGGACCAUUGUGAACCUGUGGACGAUACUGAGCGCGAUAGCACAGGCUCUCCUACUGACACACUCCGACCUUUGUCAGGAUAUACAGCUUGUCGUCUAUCUUAUAGCUCCUCCUGGCUUCCAUCCGCUCCAGUUCAUAGCCACACAGUUCCUAAAAUCCUUCAUGGCGGCAAGAUGAUGGGGCAGUAUCUCCAACUGUCACGGCGAACGGCGUCAUUCACUUCCUUUGUGUCUUCACCUUCGCCAGUUUCCGAGCCUGAAACUUCACCGUGCAAUAUGCCUCCAGUAUCAAACGCUGUCAAGUUUGGCCAGCGGCAAUCCGCAUCAUCCAUAACAUCUAUGGCAUCAAUAGCCAACAAAAUGAAGGGGCCUCCACUCUCAGCUGCAAGUAUGUCUGAAACUGAGCUGGAGAAGGCGCAAAUACUUAGAUCCCGUGAAGCUGUCGAGAAAUUCAUACGAAAAGCAAUGGAUAAGUCAUACAGCUGCGAAAAUAAAUGCGAAAUCAAUGGCGAUGACAUCGUCAUCGUUGAUAAUGCUUCUGAAGGUACUACCGAUAGUGAUAGCAGUAUUGACGCAAGGGUAGCAGAGGGUAUCUCUCCUGCUGUUCCUUUACACUCACUGCCGGUCACCCCAUUAUCUCUAACCUUGCCUCCGCCUUUGCUUGUUGCCCGCAACAACUCCCCACCAAGGACUCGCAAUGCUUCACUGGCCCCAGGCACUACUCGUUGCUUUUCAAGAGUGGGCCAGCCAGGAAGUAUUACUACUACGUUUGUUAAAAGAAAUGGGUCGUUGCACAUACCAUUGAACAUCCCUCCAAGCCCUAGUUUUGGCCAAUAUACGGCCUAUCCAUUCCCAGGGGUUCAAGACCAAUACUCGCACCACCGCCAUGGAUCUGGAUCUUCGAUGUCAUCCUCAAGAAAGUCGUCAACCCCGUCAUUACGCGGGGCUCUAGCUCCAGCGCUAGGACAUGACAGAUCCAUGUCUCUGUCUGAAAUUACUAAAGGGCUGAAAAAUCUGGAUGAAUCCCUUGGCCUUCCAGUUGCCAUUGAUCAAAAGCAGGCGCCACAAAUUAUCUCUGCUUCUGAUAAACCUAAUGCCAUUGCUGCCGGCACGACCAUUGCUACUACCUACACUGGCUCUACUAAUGUACACCAAAAAAGCCGAGAACUAGAAUCAAAAGCAGAACUAGGCCUGAGUUCGGUUGCUAGUGGUGUGCCUAACGCACCAGAAUGCGCUAUAAGCUACAAUCGUGUCCUUAGGAACUUGGCCAAGAGCAAGCGACGGCAACACCAACGACAGGGGCCAUAUUUGGCCUCGAGGAGAACCAUCAUCAACAAGGCAGUGAUCUGCUCAAGCUCAUCCCAAGUGUGUAAUGGCCAUAGCGAAGGCGUUAGCGAUAGUGAAGACGACGCCGAUAACGAAGAAGAUGAUGACAUGCAUUGUGAUACUGAGACCAUGGGCGCUAUCUCGCUUGAAGGACUGGUCUGUGGUGAGAGUAUUAGGAGCCAGUAUAGCUCUGAGGUCUACAAUACUAUGACAAAUACGCCGAAGGACGACCGUGAGAUGGUGCAGAGUGUGGUUCUCCAGGCUCUGCAGAUGAGUGGCAGAAAUAUGAGCCAUGUCAGCAUAGACCACAAUGAUACCGAAAGAGCACAGCUUCGAAGCAUCGACCAAUCAACAAUUGAACCGCUGCAGCCAUUAUCACCGCUCCGAAAUUCUGAUUACGGUCACUGCCGAAGUUCAUCUGGGGCUGGAUGUGUGAGCCAAACGCGGCAGGUUCGCGCCACGGGAAGCGAUCCCAAUCUGCAAAAGGCAUUCCCAUGCUUCCGGCUCGUCCCUAGGGAGGGCCCGCGAAUACGGCCUGGAUCAGAUCUUUACAGCGAUAGAGAUGACCAAGAUGGAGAAGCACUUUGUGAUGACUCCCAAAGAGCAAAAGGGGCAUCAUGCGCCAGUGUUAGCGGCAGUGCAUGCGUUCCCCAGGCCUGUUGCCAUCAUCAUAACCACCGUCAAAAGCCUCCACUUUAUAUUGAAGCCUGGCGCAAGAGUGCUGCAGACGUUAUCUCAACAUUUCUAGAGGUCGAUCCUGCAAGGCCAGACUCACCCAUGAUGCCGCCACGCAUGGGUUAUAGCAGUAAAGGCAGUAAAACCGCAUCGGAACCUAUUAAUACUGGCCAUAUUGUUGGUGCAGCGGCCAAGGCAAACACAUCGAGAAAAAAUUCCUCUUCCUCUUCAUCGUCAUGCUCACAUCAGCCCAAGUCUCAAGUGAAGAAGCGGCUCAAGAAUAAGGUAUCCUCCCUGGCUAUUGCGCAUCGUAAACAGCCGAGCGAUUGUACUGAAAUUUAUAGCGCUAGCCUCGAUCGAAUGAUUGCGUUGCCAAGAGGCACCCCUCCAACAUCUGCAGCCACCAAAACGCUAGGUGUUUCGCCGCAUGUAUCAUCAGUAUGCGAAGACUCAGGCAAUGGUCCUACUAAAGAGGAUGUCGAACCAUUGAUGUCAGCACGUGCUUUGACGAUCAUAGGGUCUUUACCCCCGGCUCCAAUGGCGGCUCCGCCAACCCCGCCCGAAAGUAGAUAG